CCCCGCGCGGUGUUCCGCGGCCGGAGGUUCGGGGCCCGCCGGCGUCGGGCGGCGUCCGUGCGGAAGAGCUGUUGCCGACAGGGGCGGUCGUUACACGAGAAAUUGUUGCUUCACACAUUUGAGCUUUGGCGGCCAAAGGAUAGCGAAAGAAUGGAAACUGAAAGUGGAAACCAAGAAAAGGCAAUGGAAGAGGAAAGUACUGAAAAGAAAAAAGAAGUAGAAAAAAAGAAACGGUCUCGAGUUAAACAGGUGCUUGCAGAUAUUGCUAAGCAAGUGGACUUUUGGUUUGGAGACGCAAAUCUUCACAAGGACCGGUUUCUUCGCGAGCAGAUUGAGAAAUCCAGAGAUGGAUAUGUUGAUAUUUCACUCCUCGUGUCUUUUAACAAAAUGAAAAAAUUGACCACUGAUGGGAAGUUAAUAGCCAGAGCACUGAAAAGUUCAGCUGUUGUAGAGCUGGAUUUAGAAGGGACCAGGAUCCGGAGGAGGAAGCCGCUGGGAGAGAGGCCACAGGAUGAGGAUGAGCGGACAGUGUACGUGGAAUUACUUCCCAAAAAUGUUAAUCACAGCUGGAUUGAAAGAGUGUUUGGGAAAUGUGGCAAUGUCGUUUAUAUAAGCAUACCGCACUAUAAGUCUAGUGGAGAUCCAAAGGGAUUUGCCUUUGUGGAAUUUGAAACAAAAGAACAAGCAGCAAAAGCUAUUGAGUUUCUUAAUAACCCACCUGAAGAAGCACCAAGAAAACCAGGUGUAUUUCCUAAAACGGUGAAAAAUAAGCCCAUUCCUGCCUUUAGAGUAGCUGAAGAAAAGAAAAGGAAGAAGAAGAAGAAAGUGCGAGUGAAGAAGGAAGACGGUCUCCAGAGGGGAGUGUCAAACAUGGACGCGGGCAAGGAGAGCGACGGCUGCACAGGGAAGAGGCCCGGGGCUGCGUCUGAGGGCUCCGAGGGAGAAGCUGCUGAGCCCCAGAAGCCGCCCUCGAAGAAGAAGAAGAAACGAGAAAAAGCGGAAGUAAGCGGUUCACCUUCAGUGAGAGCCGGGAAGAGGAAGAGAAGCAGGUCAGAGGGCGCAGAGUGCCUCCCCCCCAGGGCCAAAGUCAAGAAACUUGCUCAGAAAGACGACCGUAAAAAAGCACCGGAAAUGUGCAAGGAAUACAAAGACUUAGAAGUCUCCACUGAAGAGGAAAAGGACGCUGGAGACGUAAAAGACGGGUCCCUGUUGAAGACGAAAAGGAAGCACAAGAAGAAGCACAAGGAGAGGCACCGGAUGGGGGAGGAGGUCAUCCCCCUGCGCGUGCUGUCCAAGAACGAAUGGAUGGAUUUGAAGAAAGAGUAUCUAGCACUGCAGAAAGCCAGUAUGGCUUCUUUAAAAAAAACAAUAUCCCAGUUAAAAUCAGAGUCAGAAAUGGAAACAGACCGAGGAGUGAAUAAGUCCGAAACGAAAACUGAAACAACAGCAAACAGUGCUGAGUGCUGUCCCCCUGAGAAGGCCAGCACCACUGGACCCCAGUUUGUGAGUGGUGUCAUUGUGAAGAUCCUCAGCACUGAGCCCCUGCCUGGCAGGAAGCAGAUCCGGGACACUCUGGCAGCAGUGUCAGAAGCUGUGUAUGUCGACCUGCUCGAAGGGGACACGGAGUGCCAUGUUAGGUUCCGAAGUGCUGAGGAUGCCCGCGCAGUCUUGGAGGCACAAACGGACAUUAAAAAAAAACACUGUUGGGAACUCGAGGUCCUUUCUGGUGAUCAUGAACAGAGGUAUUGGCAGAAAAUUUUGGUAGAUAGGCAGGCCAAACUUAAUCAGCCUCGGGAGAAGAAGAGAGGCACAGAGAAGUUAAUCACCAAAGCUGAAAAGAUUAGACUCGCAAAGACUCAACAAGCAAGUAAGCAUAUUAGAUUUUCUGAAUAUGAUUGAAAAAAGCUUUUGGUUCACCUCUUGAGAUUUCACUGGAUUCUUGGAGCUGUUUAUAGGAAAUCCAUCUUCAUUAUGAUAGUAAAUGCCUAAUGAAUGUUCUUUAAAACCUGUAUUUACUCACGUACCUGUGUUCCUUGUAGAUAAGACUUCUUUCUAGAGAUAAAUAAAUUGUAUAGCACAAUUUUUCAUUAAACAUUUUAUUUGUUGAAAUUAUCUUAUAUAAAUCAACCUCAAAGUGAUUUAGUGAAUAAAUGUUUUGAACAUUAUCA